CAAGACACACUCAACCCUAAUUGAUCCCAGCGGUAGCACAGCACUGAGCAUGUGCACAGCAUCUUGAACCCUGAUCGACGCUGCUGUUUGUUUUCAUCGGUUUUCCCUGUCGAUGCUGGGCAGGUUGGGCAUCAUCAACGCGUGGCUGGAGAGCAGGCUGGUGCUCAACAGCGGUGGCCUUUGUAGCUCACCAUCGCAUGCACUCGGUUCUGAAUGCAAAAUGCAAAUGGAGACAUAUCGCGAUGCUCUGCUUCCGUGUGUCACCCGCAAAGGCAGGGGUCCUCGCGUGGCUGCCGAACGCCAUUGCCAAGGCCAUGCUUGUUCACAUGCAACUGCGUCAUCCAUAGUCGGUCCUGAACACUGCACCCCAAAAGACCUUGUCGACUUGCAGAACGAACAGAGAGCUGGAACAUCAGAGUCGUGAAACUUGGGUGGAAAAGCGGCAUCCGUCUAAGACCACAAUAACAUUCCAGCCAAAUGAGCGCCCGCACCUUCUUUGGAUGAACGAGGCAGUGCGCCUUUCUCCUUAAGACCAGAGUUUGGUCAACUA